UGAACAAAACCCACAAAACCCUCUCCCAAUUUCAACUCAAAAACCCAGUAAAAUCUUGCAAGAAUAGAGCUUGAAAACAACAAGAGCAUAUACUCAUAAGAAAGAAGAGGGUAAGUGAAGAACGAAACAGAGGAGAGAGAGGGAGUUAAGUUGUGGAGAGAGAGAGAGAGAGAGAAAGUUAGAGAGAGAGGAAGAGUUGGCAUUUGUUUAUUGUUUAAGGGGGGACAAGAGCGUAUCUGCAAAAAUCCUGAAAUUCGAUUCAGUUCCUUAAAAAAGUAAGGUAAAGAAGAUUAUAUAUUUCUCUCUCUAAUAAUAAAAUAUACUCAAUGAAAGGAGAGUUGAGAGAUUGAAACCCACAAAGCAAAACCCAUGUACUGUUCAAUGUAUCCAAAACAGCUCAGAAAUGAAGUGGGAAAGUGAGGAGGAAGAAGAAGAAGAGGAAGUUUUGUACUGAUGGGUCUGAAAAUGCAAGGCCGCCAUUUGGUGGCUGUGAGGUUGAAUGAGCAAUUAGGUACAAAAAGGAAGUACACAUUCAUCAACAAAGUUUGGGCUGGGAGAAUUCUAGUGAUUUGGAUCUUCAUUAUGGCCAUUGCUAGCGGAAUCAAAUACAGGGGAAUGGAUGCUGAUAACAAGGAGAGAAGGAAAGAAGUGCUUGUGAGCAUGUGCGAUCAGCGAGCCAGGAUGUUGCAAGAUCAAUUCAGUGUCAGUGUUAACCAUGUCCAUGCCUUGGCUAUCCUUGUCUCAACUUUCCAUUAUUUCAAGAACCCAUCAGCAAUUGAUCAGGAAACUUUUGCUCAGUACACGGCCUGCACAGCCUUCGAGCGGCCACUACUGAGUGGGGUAGCUUAUGCGCAGAGUGUGCUUCAUUCAGAGAGGGAAGAAUUUGAGAGAGAACAUGGUUGGACCAUAAGGACAAUGGAGAAGGAGCCUUCACCUAUCCGGAACGAGUAUGCACCAGUGAUAUUUUCCCAAGAAACAGUUUCCUAUAUUGAAUCACUUGAUAUGAUGUCAGGGGAGGAGGACCGGGAAAACAUUUUGAGGGCUAGGGCUACUGGGAAAGCAGUUCUUACAAGCCCUUUCCGGUUGUUGGGUUCUCAUCAUCUUGGGGUUGUGUUGACAUUCCCUGUGUACAAAUCGAAGCUCCCUCCAAACCCAUCGUUGGUUGAACGCAUUCAAGCAACUGCGGGAUAUCUUGGUGGGGCCUUUGAUGUCGAGUCACUUGUUGAGAACUUACUUGGGCAACUUGCUGGGAACCAGGCAAUUGUGGUGAAUGUUUAUGAUGUUACUAACUCUUCAGAUCGCUUAAUCAUGUAUGGACACCAAUAUCAAGAUGGUGACAUGUCUCUUAAGCAUGUCAGCAUGCUUGAUUUUGGAGACCCAUUUAGAAAGCACGAAAUGGUGUGUAGGUACCUUCAGAAGGCACCCAUGUCGUGGUCAGCAAUCACCACUGUGUUCCUAGCUUUCAUGAUUAUCUUUUUAAUCAGUUUGAUGAUAUACGGUGCAGCAAUUCACAUUGUUGAUGUUGAGAACGAUUUCCAAGAAAUGCAGAAAUUGAAAGUCCGUGCAGAAGCAGCUGAUGUUGCCAAAUCCCAGUUUCUAGCUACUGUUUCGCAUGAAAUUAGGACACCUAUGAAUGGCAUCCUCGGAAUGCUUGCCCUAUUACUAGAUACAGAUUUGAGUUCACCGCAAAGGGACUAUGCUCAAACUGCUCAAGCUUGUGGAAAGGCACUGAUAACAUUAAUAAAUGAAGUGCUUGACCGGGCAAAAAUUGAAGCCGGCAAGUUAGAGUUGGAGGCAGUACCAUUUGACCUUCGCUCCAUUCUAGAUGAUGUUCUCUCUUUAUUCUCUGAGAAGUCUAGGCACAAGGGUGUUGAGUUGGCUGUGUUCGUUUCUGAUAAAGUUCCUCAAAUUGUUUUGGGGGAUCCAGGAAGAUUUCGACAGGUUGUCACAAAUCUCGUGGGCAACUCAGUCAAAUUCACCAACCAAGGCCAUAUAUUUGUUCAAGUCCAUAUAGCUGAACAUGCAAAAGCUUUGAUGGAUGCAAAAGCGGAAACAUGCUCGAAUGGAGGGUCCGGUGUGGUUCUGUCUAGUGGCAGUCAAUUUAAAACCUUAAGCGGUUGUGAAGCCGCUGAUGACCGCAACAGUUGGGAUGCCUUUAAGCAUUUAAUUAGUGACGAAGAAUUCAAUAUGACCAAUGACGAGACUUCUCAGAACGUCACUUUGUUGGUAUGUGUAGAAGAUACUGGGAUUGGCAUUCCUUUACGUGCCCAGGAGCAAGUUUUCACGCCCUUCAUGCAAGCGGACAGUUCAACCUCUAGAAAUUAUGGAGGAACUGGUAUUGGGUUGAGUAUUAGUAAGUGUUUGGUUGAGCUAAUGGGUGGUCAGAUAAAUUUCAUAAGCCGUCCUCAGGUUGGAAGCACGUUUUCAUUCACUGCAGCCUUCAGAAGAUGUGAGAAAAACACCUUUGGUGAUCCAAAAAAACCCGUUGCCGGUGAUGUCCCUAAUGGGUUUCAAGGAUUGAAAGCAAUUAUAGUUGAUGAGAAACCGGUUAGAGCAGCUGUGACAAGAUACCAUCUGAAGAGACUCGGUAUCCUGGUUGAAGUCGUAAGUUGUGUAAGGAUGGCAGCUGCUAUGUCAUGCAAAUAUGGAUCCAAACAAGAAAAGCUACCCGAUAUGAUACUAGUUGAGAAGGACUUAUGGAUGUCAUCCGAGGAUGUUAGUGUAAAUUUAUGGUUGUUGGACUGGAAACAGAAUGGCCACACAUUUAAAUUGCCUAAGAUGAUCCUACUUGCAACCAGUAUUACCGGCGCUGAGUUUGAAAAAGCAAAGCAAGUGGGUUUUGCAGAUACAGUGAUCAUGAAACCUUUGAGAGCGAGUAUGGUGGCAGCAUGCCUUCAACAGGUGUUAGGAACGGGGAAGAAGACACAAGGGAAAGACACAGUUAAUGGAUCUGUCUUCCUUAAAAGCUUGCUUUGUGGCAAGAAAAUUUUGGUUGUUGACGACAAUAGGGUAAACCGUAGAGUUGCUGCUGGUGCACUCAAGAAGUUUGGAGCUGAUGUCGAGUGUGCCGAGAGCGGCAAAGCUGCUCUUGCGUUGCUUGAGUUACCGCAUAAUUUCGAUGCUUGCUUCAUGGAUAUUCAGAUGCCUGAAAUGGAUGGUUUUCAGGCGACGCGUCACAUUCGGAAGAUGGAGAAGGAGGCAAAUGAGCCGCAGCAGAUGAAUGGAGGAUCCACCACUGAAGUUAGAAAGCCUGAGUGGCAUUUGCCAAUAUUAGCUAUGACGGCAGAUGUGAUUCAUGCCACACACGACGAAUGCUUGAAGUGUGGGAUGGACGGUUACGUGUCAAAGCCAUUUGAGGAAGAGAAUCUCUACCAGGCUGUUGCGAAAUUCUUUGAUUCCAAACACGUUUCUGAUCCUUAACACGAUUGCCAAUUACAAGAGAAUUGGGCACGGCUAAUUCAAGAAGUUCUGGUUGGUUGAGCAUAUUGCCAGCAAAUUUUCCAAAUUCUGCUGGUGCUUUCACAGAGCACGCCGGAGAACGAAGCCGAUUGGUUUCUUGAAUUUUCUUGAAUUUUUACCUUUGUGAACCAGCAUGAAUAUAGAGGUUUGGACAGUUAAUUCUAACUAACCUGGAUUUAACUUGAUUAGCUUAUCGAGAACAUGUUGUAUACUACUGUGAAUCCCCCCCGCCACCCAACUGAUAUGUAUAGAUCUUUAGAGGGUGAGGGGGUUAGAAAAAAUUGUAUAAUCUGAUAUUCUUGUAUGGUGUCCUUGACAAGCUCUAGUUCAGAAGUUACCCACCAAUUCCUUGAUUUGUAUAAUUGUGCUCCGCAGACUUUGCAUUGCAUUGCAUUUAUGCUAGCUUGUGCACGAGAGAACCUUUACACAAAGUGGGUGUGGUUGGGGUAGGGGUGAGGGUGGGUGGUUUAAGUGAUGGUGGCGGCGGCAAUGCAGGGGUGGUGAUGGAAUGAAAGUUGUGGUGGCAGUGGCAGGGUGGAGUUGGCUGCAGCGGUGAUGGUGGUGGGGUGGUGGAGGUUUUCAGUUGACUUGCCUUUUGUUGUAUUUUUUUGAUUCUACUUUUGUUGUAUUGAAUGUUAGAAAAUGUAGAAAAUAUUACAUAAGGAGCUUAUGAAGUACGAAUAUUUUGUAUUGAA